GAAGAUGCUUUAAAUAACCGGAAGCUCAGUGGCUAAUAAUUCUUCACCUCCCCAAUCCCACCGUUCCCACUCUUUCCCAUCAGCUCUCGGCUCGGGUUGGUGCAGACACAUGGGUGAGGUUCCGACCCAGCCCCGAUUUGCGGUUCAAUACCCCACGCCACUCCAUGGCUCUGGAGAAGAGCGUGGGGGUCACUUUACAGUGCCAGUCUGACUACUAUAUGAGUACCAGGCGUCAGAACAGGAAGGCAGGGCAUGACAUUCCACGAUCAUGCUUCGAUUUGUACGAGUACACACCUAACCUUUGCACCUUCUUGUUGAGCCUAGCAACGAUGCAUAUACGUAUUGGCCCAGUCAGUAGUAAUACAUCGCAUUUUUGUAUAUCAUACCGAAUUCCUGACCCCGGAAAGACCACUCUGCUCGAGCUCCUGCCGUCUGGUGCUGCACCGAGGUCAUCUUGGUUUGGAAUGCAGGGCUGGCUAAGUCGGAAUUGGCGGCACGCAUUGGAAUGCCCUAAUACGAAAAUUUUCGGUAGAGUUAAGCUCAUUCACCUAUCAGUCGAGCAUCCAAUACCAUCCAGUAUACGUACGAAAAGGAGUGAGUUUGAGACUGGAUAUGUCGAAUAUGUAUAAGCCCAGGAAUAGUGCCACUUGCAGUGCUUGCUUUUGUUUUUUGUGACCGAAACAAUCGAGUCAUCGUAUUCAUUCCCGUGUGGAAGCAAAGAAUCAUGGGCACUUUCGCCACCUCUCCCCACGCGGCUCGUUUCGA